AUGAAGGUGGUGUGUGCCGAUGAGCGGUCGGCCGCGCUUUACAACGCGGCAGUAGCCUUGGUCGGGGAGGUUUGGGUGGGAGCCAAGCUCGAGGCUGUGGACAAGGGGGACCUUCCCUUGCGUCCGCGUGCUCGGGUCUGGCUUCCCUCGGCACCUUCCUCGCUGAGUGAGGUGGAAGAUAUCUUCCGCUACUGCAACCCGGACCUUCCAGCGCACAACUGGAAGGCAAUCCGGUUUGAGAACUCCGACGGUGACUUUCGGCAAGCGCUGAUGUUGCUGAACUUGGAGUCUCUUAAGCCUCUCGCCGAAAGACAGGGAGUCAUCUACUAUGGCUUCGAGAAGGUAGUCAUGAAGGUCUACCAGACCGACUCCAGAGGGGAUGACGAGCCUGUUCCGGUUGCGCUGGUGGGCGAAAAUAUGAAUGUGGAGGAUGCCCCCAUAGGUAUGGAGGUCGAGUCCGUCAUGUCGGACAUUGACAGCAUUGCUGGCCCUCCUUCGAGUGCCGGUUAG